AUGGGGAAAGAAGCAGGCUUCGGGCUGGCCUGCAUCCAGAAGUGUCCUGGGAGCAUGCAGAAGCCGGGGGACCUCUGUGAGGUCCUAAAUCUGUCCAGCUGGCAUGGCAGCCCCAGCGUCUCUGAGGACCACAGGCGGUCCAGCCCUGCAGGGGACAUCGUAGACCUUUGGACAGCUGGACAGCCUGCCGUCUGUGCUCCCACCGGCCCGGCCAGAUCUCAGGCCAUUUACCAUGGGCGCUGCUUCUCCAAGCCCAAGCCAGUGGAACUCAAGAUUGAAGUGGUGCUGCCUGAGAAAGAGCGGGCCAAGGAGGAGCCGGCGGCCGGCGGCAAGGGCAGCCCCCGGGCUUACCAGGGCAAUGGCACAGCGCGCCACUUCCGUGCCGAAGAGCGCCUGCCCACCCCACAGCCCUACCCCAGCCCUCAGGACUGUGUGGAGGCUACUGUCUGCCACGUCAAGGACCUGGAGAAUGGCCAGAUGCGGGAAGUGGAGCUGGGCUGGGGGAAGGUGUUGCUGGUGAAGGACAAUGGGGAAUUCCAUGCCCUGGGCCACAAGUGUCCUCACUAUGGAGCACCCCUGGUGAAAGGUGUGCUGUCCCGGGGCCGUGUGCGCUCCUGGCAUGGUGCCUGCUUCAACAUCAGUACUGGGGACCUAGAGGACUUCCCAGGCCUGGACAGUCUACAUAAGUUCCAGGUGAAGAUUGAGAAGGAGAAGGUGACUGUCCGGGCAAGCAAGCAGGCCCUGCAGCUACAGCGAAGGACCAAGGUGAUGGCCAAGUGCAUCUCUCCGAGCGCUGGCCACAGCAGCAGCACCAAUGUCCUCAUAGUGGGUGCAGGUGCUGCUGGCCUGGUGUGUGCGGAGACCCUGAGGCAGGAGGGCUUCUCAGACCGGAUUGUCCUCUGCACACUGGACCGCCAUCUGCCCUAUGACCGAGCCAAGCUCAGCAAGUCCCUGGAUGCACAACCUGAACAGCUGGCCCUGAGACCCAAGGAAUUCUUCCGGGCCUAUGGCCUCGAGAUGCUCACUGAAGCCCAGGUGGUCACAGUGGACGUGAGGAAUAAGAAGGUCGUGUUCAAGGACGGCUUCAAGAUGGAGUACAGCAGGCUGUUGCUGGCACCAGGCAGCAGCCCUAAGACCCUGACCUGCAGAGGCAAAGAUGUGGAGAACGUGUUCACCAUCCGCACACCCGAGGAUGCCAACCGUGUGGUGAGGCUGGCCCGCGGCCGCAACGCUGUUGUUGUGGGAGCCGGCUUCCUGGGGAUGGAGGUGGCUGCCUAUCUGGCUGAGAAGGCCCACUCAGUGUCUGUGGUGGAGCUGGAGGAGACCCCCUUCCGGAGGUCUGGGGAACGUGUCGGUCGAGCCCUUAUGAAGAUGUUUGAAAACAACCGGGUCAAGUUCUAUAUGCAGACAGAGGUGUUGGAGCUGCGGGCUCAGGAGGGCAAGCUGCAGGAGGUGGUGCUGAGCAGCAAGGUUCUGCGGGCCGAUGUCUGCGUGGUGGGCAUUGGUGCGGUGCCUGCCACAGGCUUCCUGAGGCAGAGUGGCAUUGGUCUGGAUUCCCGAGGUUUCAUCCCAGUCAACAAGAUGAUGCAGACCAACAUCCCCGCUGUGUUUGCUGCUGGUGACGCCGUCACCUUUCCUCUGGCCUGGAGGAACAAUCGGAAAGUGAACAUCCCACACUGGCAGAUGGCCCACGCCCAGGGGCGGGUAGCAGCUGAGAACAUGCUGGCGCAGGAGGCGGAGAUCAACACGGUGCCCUAUCUGUGGACUGCCAUGUUUGGCAAGAGUCUCCGCUAUGCGGGCUACGGAGAAGGCUUCGAUGAUGUCAUCAUUCAGGGGGAUCUGGAAGAGCUGAAGUUUGUGGCUUUUUACACCAAAGGUGAUGAAGUGAUUGCUGUGGCCAGCAUGAACUACGAUCCCAUCGUAUCCAAGGUGGCUGAGGUGCUGGCCUCGGGUCGAACCAUCCGGAAGCGGGAGGUGGAGCUGUUUAUGCUGCACGGCAAAACCGGUGACAUGUCUUGGCUCACAGGGAAAGGAUCCUGAGCUCUCAUGUGGUGGACCUGGGCAGGCCUCUGGGGCACCAAGGUCAGAG